AUGCGGUUUAACACUAAACUUUUCUUCUGUCUUGUUUCGCUGGGCUCUUUAGUGAGCGCUAGCGACGAUACUCUUAUCAAGAGACAAGAUGUCACGACGACGAGCAUACCGGAUACACAUGUCACCACACAUACAAACACGCAUUCUGAAUUGACUACGUCGGUUUCUACUACUACGACAGUACUUCCAGCUGUCUCGACAUCGAUGAUUGAUAUCCACACCGACAUAGUUUCGGGUGCUGCGCCGACUUCAGCAUCUUCAUUGAAUUCCACCAGCGAUACGUUCGAUGGGGUUGGCCUUCCCAUUCACCCGACAAUCACCCCGGCGAUUGCCAUUUCCGGCGUCGUAUUGAUCAUAACGGGCAUCGCUUACAACUUGAUUGGCAUCAAGAAUUUAUGGAUCCAUGUCUUUCUAUCUGCUGCGUUUCUAACGAGUCUAUCAAUCGUAGUCUUGAUUGAAUACGUCAUGAAUCCUCCCGUGUCCGAUGGGGUUCAAGGGGCGUACUUUGUCGCCGUCUUUUUCCCCGGACUCAUUUUCGGCGGCGUUUCUCUAGUUUUCAAAGAAUUGACAGAAGGCCUCGGCUGUCUCCUGGGCGGAUUCUGUCUCAGCAUGUGGUUUCUGUCACUGAAGGAAGGGGGUCUAUUGACCAGUACAACCGGCAAGGGUGCUUUUAUCGGCGCCUUUUGUGUGGUCGCAUAUGCCUUUUCGUUUACCUCUUAUACAAGGCCGUAUGCACUGAUAGUCUCCACUGCUUUUGCUGGGAGUACUGCGGCUAUUUUGGGUAUUGAUUGCUUCAGUCGGGCAGGGCUGAAGGAAUUCUGGCUGUAUAAUUGGGGAUUGAACGACGACGUAUUCCCCCUAAACACAACAACAUACCCCCUUACAAGAGGCAUACGCGUCGAGCUAGCCGCCAUUAUCGUCGUCUGUUUACUAGGCCUGCUCUCACAAUUCCGACUGUGGAAAGUCAUCCGCGAAAAAAGGGAGAAGAAGGAAGCCGCACUUGCAGAAGAACAGCAAAAGAACCACGAAGCCGAGCUCGAGCUGGGCCGUACGCUCGAGGAAAAGAAACUGCACGAUUUGGCCCGCUGGGAGGCGGUUUAUGGAGAGCCAUCAUCAUCCAAGCAGCGUGAGUCGACGAUUGCAGAAAAUUCAUCAGUCACUGUUUCGCCUGGAUUGCAUCGGAUGCAUUCGGCGCCGAAUAUUCUGCACAAGGACUCGGAGGCUGGAGUGGAAAUUGUUGGAUUGUCUGUGCGAGGAGGGAAUAAGGGUUCUCUUGCGGAAAGACAUGAAGGGAAUGCCAAAGAGGCUAACAUGAUUGAUGAAGAAGAGGACACGAAGGAGACGGAAGAAUCAAAGUACUCCGAAAAGCCCGAAACACAUGAUGUCGAUGAAGGUGAAGAGCGUGAAAACGUGGAUGAAACAGCAGAAAGGGCUCCUGUCCGAGUUCCAACGCCACUUCAAUGCCCCCAGUCGCCCCCCUUUAAAAUCCCAAACCCCAACGACACAAAUAAUGAAGAUGAUGUUCAUUCAAUCCAAGCUAUCGUAGAUGACGGCGACUCGACCGCCAAUCGCUUAUCGAGGAGACUAUCGGGGCUGUCUAUACUACGGCGAAUGUCACUCAGAAAUAGUUCACGCAGAAACAGUCGUCAGAUCACGUCUGAGUCACAGGAAAUGCUUGUUCCCCAGUCUCCGUCGAACCUGCCUAGUCCGGCAUCGUCAGUGGAGGGAAUUCCCGAUAAUAUUUCUUUUGAAAUGCAGAACACAGAAGCUCAUGCAAAUCUUGAUGCAGAAACUAACCAGGGAAUCCAUGAGGAUCGUGAUAAUGCAUUGAAGGAAUCCACACCCGGUGACUCAGACGCAAAACUCGACGCAGCUGUCGAAGAUCAAAACAACACACCAACAGCUCAUGAAGAUGGUCAAACUCAACCAGACCAAACUGCAAUUCAAAACACUACAGAGAAAGGGACAGACGAAAAACAAAAUGAGGAGCAACCUCACGGCCUGGGUCUUUCUUCCGCAAAACGCCGUCAUACAUUUGAUGGCGGUGCAUCCCCCUUCCUAGAAGUCGCUCCAGCAACAGCCAGGAGUCAGGUCACUAGCACAGCAGAGUCGGGCUUUGGGAAAGAUAAGCUAGCCAAGAGUCCCAAACUGUCUCAAAAAGGCCAGCUUCAACCUCAAUCUAGCUCCAACUCCCGGCCGAGUACUGGGAAGAAAGAGAGUCUUACGGCCGGGGCUGUCGAGCAUCUGCCUAGUCAUGUUUCCCCGCUCAUCAUGUCCUAUCGUACGAAUGAAUGGGCAAAGCACUUGUCCGGUGCGGAGACCCCUGCCCUUGAAGAGAUUGAACUGAGUUCGACGCUCGGAAAUUCGAACGAAGAGACCACUGUGCCGGUCAAGGUCGAGGAGUUGACACAGACUGCCACAACUGCCGCGCCACCUCCUGCAAAUGACAGACGUGCGUCUCUUCCGGAGAAGCUCGAUACUGUUCAUCGGACUCCAUCAAAUAUCAGCAAACGGUCGGCGCGAGAAGGCACGCCUCCACGGUCACCCACCAUCUACUUGGACAAUGCAGCCAUUCAUCCGGCAAAUGCUCACGCAGCAUCUAGCCCAAAUCUCUUACUUGUAAAUACAAACCUUUCUCCUCCAUCCACUGGUAUUCCGGGCGGUUUCCGCAGCUCAUCCACUCCAUUCUUGGGGACAUCACUGGCCACGUCACCUAUAGAUGAAAGCCAGGAGGUGAAUUAUGACAGCCGGCCGGUGGAACGGUCAAUGUCACUUAUGGCACAGCGAGAACAUAUGGUCCAGUCUCGCCUAUCGUCUCUGUCCCUCACUCGUCAUUCCUGGAUACCACCGCGGUCUCAAUCUCGACAGUCUGGAGACGAGGAUCUUCGUUCGCCCACAGGCAGUCAACUAAGCUUGGCAGACGACGGCGACGAUAUGCCUCUUGCACAGCGACGUGCUUUGCUACGGCAGCAAAGCAUUCCCCCGGUGAACAUGCCUGCAACGACAGAGGAUCCAGGUAGAUCGGCAGUGGACGUUUACCCAGCCACUGCUCGACUCUCUCGGGACUCGAGAGGAAUAGUGCCGUCCAAGUCGAUGAAAAUGGCUGCCUGGCGCGAGUCCCUUCAGGAAGACCUCAGUCGGUCUCAGACGCCGCUCGACGACGUGCAUGCUGCUCGACAGGGGAUGAUGGACCAACAACGCAAAGCCCAGAUUGCAAACACGCAACGGGUGUUGGCGUCUGAGAAUCUGAACAAUUCUAUCGCCGAGCGUAUGCGACGAGGAGAAAUGCAGGACGUCCACCGGGAGGCGAUGAGACGCAUGCAAGCCACGGCUAACCGGAAAGCACAGGACGGUUCUACGACUGCAUUGUCUCGUUUCAACCCGAACGACUCCAACGAGAAGGCACAAUGGCUCCGUACGGACGGCUUAGACCGUGUCCAUGAUCCAGCGCGUUGGUCCUGGGGCCCCGGGACGCAUCGGAAGUUGUGUGUAGAGAGCAAGUACAGUACCAGAGGGCAUGGGUCCCGACUCGCCCCUUUCCCGCCGCCGCCGCCCCGAGACUUCUGCUUCUGCUUCUGCCGCGCUCUCGUCCUCCCGAUCCUCCUCUCCACCCCCCCGUUCGCCCUCAUUUCGCGUCUCGAGACUGCUGUCUUCGAUUCUCGCGUUCGGUGCGCUUCUACAAACACGGCUUCCCCCGCCCGCCACGAGUUUUCUCACAACCUAUCACCGCUGGCGGCGAAAAACUCCCAUCGCGAUCUCGAUCUAAACAUCCAAAUUGCUACACCACAACCGGUACAUCACGCUCCAGACACUCAUGUCCGCGGCCAUCGCCGACUGUCCUCUCGAAACCGCGGCUCUUUUUCGUGCAAGAACAAUCCCCAACCCAAGGCUGUUCCCGCUGAAAGCGCAGUAACAUACGCCUCUCGCCUGUGGAAUCCCAUCAACCACGUUCCCCGGACCACUGUUGUCACCUCACCGCAUCUCGCACACGCUUCCGACGAAGACGUCCGAACCGCCCGUGACGCAUAUCCGCUGCUGUCGAUCCCCGAACAGCGCCGAAGUCGCCAGACGCCUUCACCGACGGUCGAACACAGUGCAGCCGAGUCCGAAAGUGGCCGUACAAGUAUUGCUCUGCCACGUAGUCGGCGGCGUAGCGUUCAGCUGAACGUGGAGGAAUCGGCCGAGAUGGCUGAAGGCCAGGAGAGCCAGGCGGCUGGGCAAAAGUUGCAGCCGGACGACGGAGUUACGCAUGCUCCGCGCCACGUACAGUCCAAUUCGUCUCUUCGGAAUUCGACCUAUGCUGCGUACCCAGCCCAGGGGAACCAGAAUGCCGGCGGCGGCAGUCAGGCAGAGGUUGCAGAAGAGUUGGCCUGGGGACCCGCGCAUCCAUGCUAUCCACACCUGAAUCCGCAUGUGCCUUUGCACUCGGACGAAUUCACGGCGACGCGGAUUAUCCGCAUUCGUCGCGACUGGAUGAUCAAGGGCGACCUUGCGCCGACUUUUUCCAACCUCUACCCCGAAAUCCUCGACCCUCUGGUGUCUGAGCAGGAAUUCCGCCGUAUAGUUUCAAAGAUCAACACCGAGCUGGUCAGGGCCUUUGACCCGUUCUCAUUACGGAAUUGGUUAGAUGGUGCUAUUGGGCUGAUAACAGGCUGGGUGUGGGAUGACCUGAAUUUGCCGGGCAUCAAAAGCAAUUUACGCCGUGUAGAAGAUUGGCUCGACAAGUGGAAUCGCGAAGUCGGAUCCAAGGAGGGUGUACAGAUAUGGAGUCUGCGUCGAACGGCCUACAUGUCGAUAGACAUACAGAUUCCCGACCCGAAAAUCGGUCUGGUGAAUAGCGAAGCGCCUUCAGCGCCUGGCACCCGGCCGAACACUGGACCUACCGUCCGGACUCCUACUGCUACUGAAGAGAUCCAACUGUUAUCUCACAGAACUCGCCCAAACCGCACGACGAACCCGGUCACGAUGAUUUCCGGCAUUCUGGUCUUCAACCAGAAGGGCGAGAACCUGAUUUUCCGCGCCUUUCGCAACGACUGUCGCCCGCGCCUAGCCGACAUCUUCCGCAUCCAAGUCAUCUCCAACCCGCAGGUGCGCUCGCCCAUUCUGACCCUCGGGUCGACGACGUUUAGCCAUGUCAAACACGAGAACAUAUACCUGGUCGUGGUGACCAAGAGCAAUGCCAAUGCGGCGCUUGUCUUUGAGUUUCUGUACCGCUUGAUUCUGCUGGGAAAGGGGUACUUUGGCAAGCUGGACGAGGAGGCCGUCAAGAACAACUUUGUGCUGAUCUACGAGCUUUUGGAUGAAAUCCUCGAUUUCGGCUAUCCGCAAAACACCGAGACCGACACCCUCAAAAUGUACAUCACCACCGAAGGCGUCAAAUCGGCAAUUGCCAACUCGGCCUCGGAUUCCAGCCGGAUCACGAUGCAGGCGACAGGAGCGCUUUCAUGGCGACGGGCGGACGUGAAAUACCGAAAGAACGAGGCCUUUGUCGACGUGAUUGAGGACGUCAACCUGCUCAUGUCGGCGACAGGCACGGUGCUACGAGCCGACGUCAACGGGCAGAUUGUCAUGCGAGCAUACCUGACGGGCACGCCCGAGUGCAAAUUCGGACUGAACGAUCGAUUACUGCUGGACGGCGACAACAACUCGGCCCCAUCGGGCAACCGAGACGGCCGCACAAAGGCCACGCGAGCCGCAGCUGGAUCCGUCUCGCUGGAGGACUGCCAGUUCCAUCAGUGCGUCAAGCUGGGCCGGUUCGACGCAGACCGAACAAUCUCGUUUGUGCCGCCGGACGGCGAGUUCGAGUUGAUGCGGUACCGGGCGACGGAAAACGUCAACUUGCCAUUCAAAGUGCACCCGAUAGUGCGCGAGGUGGGCACGACCAAGGUGGAGUACAGCGUGGCCAUCAAGGCCAACUACGGCCAGAAACUGUUUGCCACCAACGUAGUCGUGCGCAUCCCGACGCCGCUCAACACAGCCAAGAUUACGGAGCGCACAACGAAUGGGAAAGCCAAGUACGAGCCGGAGCAUAACAACAUUGUGUGGAAGAUUGCGCGCUUCACGGGCCAGAGCGAGUUUGUGUUGACGGCCGAGGCGACGCUGACGAGCAUGACGCAUCAGAAGGCGUGGAGUCGGCCGCCGCUGAGUCUGUCGUUUAACCUGUUGAUGUUUACGAGCAGCGGGCUGCUGGUGCGCUAUCUAAAGGUGUUUGAGAAGAGUAAUUACAGCAGUGUCAAAUGGGUGCGAUACAUGACUCGAGCGGGGAGCUAUGAGAUUCGGUCUGUUUUCUCUUUUUUUUUUUUUACUCUGGUCCUUUUCUAA